AUGGGACAGGGCAGAUUGCAAAACAAAACCGCUAUUGUGACCGGCGGAGGUUCUGGAUUCGGGGAAGGAAUCGUGCAUAAAUUUAUUGUCGAGGGCGCGAACGUGAUCAUUGUCGAUAUCAAUAAGCUAGAAGGGUUCCGAGCGCAGAAUAAUGAGCCACCAGGACGUGCUAUCUUUCUUCGAGGAGAUGUAUCGAGUGAGUCUGAUUGGGAGGUAGUGCGUGAAGUGGCACUUGAGAAGUAUGGGAAGCUUGAUAUCGUGGUUAAUAAUGCUGGGAUUCCUUCUCUUGAGACAUCCGAGGAUAUGCUGGACCGCAUGUAUAAAGUCAACGUUAAGAGUAUCUAUCACUCGACCAAGGCUAUUGCUCCCUACUUUUAA